GCGCAGCAGCCAGUUGCUUCAGCUUCAUAGCUCUUCACAGCCCAUGGAGGGCGAUGAAGGUGCAGGCUGCGACCCUCUGCGCGUGCAUGUGACCUUGCCCAGUGGUCGCGGCGCAGAUCUCUGGCUGCGACCCUCUGCGACGAUUCUGGACCUCAAGAAGGCUGCCCAGCAAUCUUUCCAGCAGGGCUUCUUGGCGCUCUUCGCGCCUGACGGGCGCCGACUAGAUCCAGCGGACUCCUUGGAAAGCGCCAAUCUUGGAAAGGAGAAGCACCUCACCGCCUAUGCGCAGCGCGUGCACGUGGCGGCCACGAAGCGUGCCUUCGCGGUGUGGUGCUGUGGAAGCUCUGUGGUGACCUGGGGAGACCCUCAAGCGGAACGUUAAGGAGCCCAAAGCCGGAGGUGAC